AUGGCUUCUCUGAAUUAUUGCAACAUUUUCCCCAUUUUUUAUCAGAUCAUUCUCCUGCUUAUGAUUUCCUAUUCACCCAACAUACUUUCUCAGGACCCAAGUUCAUCAAGCCCCACCAUAGCUCAAUGCACAUCAAGCCUCCUUCCUCUUAUUCCAUGCGCACCAUUUGUGCAGGGUACUGCUCAGUCUCCAGGAUCACAAUGCUGUGAUAGCCUCAAGCAACUCUACAUCCAAGAGCCACACUGUCUUUGCCUCUUGCUCAAUGACACUACUUUGAGCUCUUUCCCCAUCAACAGGACACUUGCUCUGCAGCUUCCACCUCUUUGCACCCUUCAAGUCAAUAUAUCUGACUGUGAACAUGAACAAGUGCAAGUGCCUCCAACAACUUCACCAGAUUCUCAAGUUUCCUUCGGGACAAAGAAAAACUCUACUGUUGUUGCUUCUCCGGCAUUUUCAGUACCACCAAGACCUAGCAUGAUGGGAUUUGGGUUUGGAAGAAACGAAGCCAUUAAUUUGAAGACAGAGAAUGGAUUAGCUGUUGUUAUGACUAUUGCAAUUCUACUGUUCACAUCAGUGGCUUACUAA